AGUUCUGAGGUAGCAGCAAUUAGUGGCAAUGCACGUAACACGGAGAAAAUACUCCGCGUUAGAAGCACGAGCCAGCGCAGCCCGACCUCAACACCACACCGAAAUUAGGUGGCAGUGAUUUGUUGCGAAUAUACAUGCGUUUUAAAUCGUUUUCAACUUAAUUUAUUUAAAAAUAUUUCGUAUACACAUAAACUUACCAAAUAGUAAUAAGUUUGUACACUUAUUUAACUAUUUUGUUGUAUUUAGAACAUUUUAAAUUACUGGUUUAAUUGAAGAUAUGCAAAGAGCAUAACCAGUACUAGCAUCUGCUGAGAUUCGUAGUCUGCAAACUGCUACUUCAGUGAGACUUCAUACCUCCUUCGCUUCAUCGAUUUUGUGCUUCUCUGAGACGUGCGGAGCCAUGCGCUCAUUCUCUCGGUUCUUUAUCACUGAAUUCGGAUCAAAGAACUGACUCCUGACUUGGCAUUUUCCCAUUUCUUUGGAAAUAUUUCAUUGAUUUUCAUCAGUGUUUUGAUUGUUUUGUUUUUGGUGGAUUUCCGGACACCCCGUUCAAUUCUUCAUCUGGAAAUUGCAUGGAAGCGCGAAAUGAAAUUUUUUGCCUACAUCAUCCAAGUAGUUGCUGCUGUCCAGCUACAAGUUUCACCUGCGCAGUUUCAGAGUUUUCUGUCCAGUGCCAACAGCACAUUUGAAGUGCUGCCGUUCCAAGACGUGUGGGAGCGCAGCUUCUGUCGCACUAUUGAAAAGCUGGUGGAGGUGGUACAGGAAUAUCCUGGAGAGGUGGAGCACAUCUUCAGCCCCUCCUGUGUGCCCCUUGUGCGCUGUGCCGGCUGCUGUGGCGACGAGAACCUGGAGUGCCGGCCCACAGACACCAGCAACGUCACCAUGCAGCUGCUGAAGAUCAAGCCAGCAGAAGGAGGCAGAGAAUAUGUAGACAUGACUUUUGUGGAGCAUAAAGCAUGUGAAUGUAGACCCAAAAAACUGCUGAGAAAUGGAAGACGGAGACAGAAAGGAAGAGGGAGGAAGAGGAAGGAAAAACAGAAGCUGAAGGACUGUGAUACAUGUCAGCCUCCACGCAGGUAACUGCAGUCCCGCCCCCACGGCGACCUCCACCUGUAUUCAUCUCCCCUCGGCGGUCUUCUAAGCACUUUUCCGGAUAUCGUGUCGCUCGGCACCUGGGACUGAAGUGGCGGGGUUGCCAUCGCUACCAGUGGCUCGCGAGCUGUGCGGGAACGGGGAGUCAUGGCGGCCGUCGGCCGGGGGAGCGACUUUUACAUCACCUGAGGGGACUGUGAAACGGGCGAGCAAGAUGAAGGACGAAGCUCGACACUGGAGAUUGAAACAGUAAUCCAGAGGACGGUGAUAUAUGUUUUUCAUAUUAUUAUUAUUAUUAUUAUUAUUAUUAUUAUUGAUCUGACUUCAGCCAGUAUUUAUUACAAAAAACAGACAACAAAGGUUUUAACGCUGACCAUGAUAUAAACGGUUUUAACAGCGUACUGUAUAGUGUUCCCCUUGUUAGGAGGAAUAGAGAACAUAUUUAAGGGAAAUAAGGACCUUAAAGAAACUUAAAGGAAUAUUUGCUCCUGUAAGCUUUCUAAGGAGAUGAACAGUGGCGAUCUUAUGCGUCCGUUGCAAUGCAUCUUAAACAGUUAGAGAAAGAAUAACAGAAAUUAUUUUAUGCGUCUUGGAUUUAACGUCUUCUUUUUCUGGUGUAACUAAAGGAAAUUACGGACGUAUUGCUCUAUCUAGUGGCCGUGAUGCAGUAUAACGCCAAGUUGGAAUUUUUGAAUACGUCGAUUUUCAGUGUACAAGAUUAUGCAAAACCUAAAAAAACUUUAUGUACAAAAAUUUUAUUCACAGAAUGGUAAUCAAAUAUUUACAAGGUAGACUUUUAAAAUGUGAAGCACAAUGGAAUACCUUGUUAAAUAUUGUCUGUUUCUGGUUAUUCUAGAAACUGCUUUUAAGUAUCGUUUUUAAUCCAGACAUAUUUUCCCAAAAGGACUACAAUGGAAAAUAACAAUGUUAAUAAUGAAUUUGCACACCAACUGAAAUAAAAAAUAUUGCCAUUUGACAAUGUUCUAGACUAAUAGAACAAUAUUGGAAAAUACUGACAAAAAAUGGUAUACAGUUUACAAUUCCCCUAAUUCUUUGUCAUUUUCCAAUGAAAGUUGAAUGUUUUCAUGUCCUUUUUGGGCAACAUAUUAUCACAUAUGUCACUAUUUUAGGCAUUUUGGUAUUUAUAAAUCGACACGGGUAGGUAUCACCUGCCAUAUUUUUAUUUGAAGUCACCGAUUACAGUUACAGGGUGGCAGUUGUGGCCUUGUAUACUAUACUAUACUAUAAUUUGAAUUAACUUCUUUUUCUUAGAAGAACAUCUACCUAUUUGCUAAAUAAAGUGACUUUUUAUGAAAAAAUGGGGACUAUUCACAAGCGCAAGGGACUCUUCUGACACAGAUACCAACAGGGUAUCUUAUAUAAGUCUUCCUUUCAAUUCACUGGCUGCAUUUCAUGAACAGUGGGAUUUUCUAUUCAAUUUCCUUUCACUCAUAUGUCUCAAUGUAAAGAACGAUUGUAAAUGUGUGCUAACAUAUGAUGCAGGAAAGUUUGUAAGUCUUGUGUAUAAUGUAUAUUGUACAUAUAUAUAAAUAAAUGUAUUACUGUUAAUAAAGAAAGCAUUAUAUUUAA